AUGCCAGCAGCUCACUGGAUCGACCGUCAGUUCCAGUCGACCUGCGAGCUAGUCAGGCACUCCAACUCCAUUGGUGACAGCAAACUGGAUCUCUGGCUCUCUGCACACCUGGAGAUGAAUGGUCUAAUAGCGUUUACUUUUCUCGUCUUCUCAUUUGGAGAGGUGGUCUGGGGAGAAGGCCAAUGUCUGUCUUCCUGUCGUGGAGAGGCGGCUCUAAUUGGAGAGACCGGCAGCUCUCUCUACUGCUGCAGAGAGCUGAGAGGUGGUGGCUACAGGACACACAGUGGUAUCUGCAUACCCUGUCACGAUGACUACACCCCCCUACUACCUUACUCUGACCUAGACGACAAGUGGUUGUCAACAGGAGGCAGUGGGGAUGACUGUGGAGUGGGCUACGGAGGAGCCUGCAGUCAGUUUGCCUGGUGCCAGAUGGUGGAGGAAGGACUGAGGUGUGUCUGCAGGCCAGGCUUCUCUGGGAACGGGCUGGAGUGUUCAGAUAUUGAUGAAUGUGAGACUGGGAGGGACAGCUGUGACAAAAGACUCUACAUUGCAUCAGCCAGCAGACCAGGACUUGUCCGCAGGACCAGAGGAAUCUGCUCCAACACUCCUGGAGGGUUCACAUGCUCCUGCAGAAUGGGCUUCACAAUGGAAGGCAAACAGUGCAUCGACAAGAAUGAGUGCGUGAGUGGUUCCGAGGUGUGUGCGGAGGGUGCAGUGUGUCGUAAUCUGGUCGGCUCAUACCACUGUAGCUGCCCGGAAGGGUACGAGGGUGAUGGUGUAAACUGCUGUCUCGGACUCUCGCUGAUAAACCAGCUACUAGAACAAGGACUACUACAACAAGUGCAGAGUAUGAGUGAGGGAAGGCAGAGGAAGGGGGGUUCGGGGAGGAGACGAGGGUCCAGACGGAAGAAAUGCCACCAUACAAGUAGGAGAUCAAGGAGAGAUGAAUCUAGUAGAUCAUCAACAGUCCGUUCAGCCACUACCAUCUCCCAGUCUUCCAGAGCAUCCGUCACUGACUCUGCUUCUUUGGCCAGUCGGAGUCCACAAUCAUCUGCCAGAGCAUCUUCAGUCAGCCUCUCCACGCACAGUGCAAGAUCACCUGUUAGAGACCACAUGUCUCAAGCCAGGCAGAGUCCUAGAUCAUCUGUCAGAGGAUCAAAAUUGUUUCCUCACUUUACCAGAGGUUGUGAGCGCUACGUGAAGACCCGCUCUGGGGGUACGUCAGCUGGUGUCGUCACUUCAUUUGGUUAUAACACACAACCAUUAGAUUAGCAGACAUUGUUACACAGCAGUAGAUGGAGACGGUGAUAACACAAACAGAUUUGGUAUGAUUGGAACAGAUGAUGUAAUGUUAUUAUGACGAUGUAAUAAUAUUAUGACACAUGUAUUGUUUGGGGCAGUGGUUGCAAUGAUUUGCCAGUGACGUGUGUAAUUAGGUGGUAAAGUCAGGGUCAUUCUCUUCGCUGUCGGAGCUGAAAAACCGCCGUCUCUUGCGAGACUGUUUUGGAGGAGGUUCAGUCUUUUUCAUGCUCUUCUUGCUCUUCUUUGACCCCACACUCACCACACUGCUGCUGGACGAUGCUCUGGAACGAGAUCGGCCCCUGGGGGGAUUGGUACUCGGGGCCAGAUAUUCCCCCGUAGCUGUCUGUACCCCGGGCUCUUCCUGUGUACAUUCAGAUGGAUAGCAACAAUAUUGAAGACUGAGACUGUAAAGGUAUGUGUGGAAGAGGGGGCUGGGUGCAUGGGAA